ACAACCUCCACAUUUUCAUUCACUUCUGAGGAAUAGCACGACCGUCUAUCGACAACGUAAUGGAUAUUGCCAAAUGAAAAAUCCACAAUGACAUCGAAAAAAACAUUGUAAGAAAGAAGAAAAAUUAAAAGAUGUUAACAUAUAUUUUUGUUAUAUUAUUUAUAAAGCUAACUGACGCAGAUUUGCCUGCAGAUUUUUGUGUGGGUAAAGGCAGCUACAAUGCCUACCCGGGCGAAUGUUCAAAAUACGUUAUCUGCAUACAAGAAUUUGUUUACGAGAUGACUUGUCCCGAUCCGUUACACUGGGAUGCCAAAAGAAACAAAUGUGACUGGAAAAUGGAAGCUGGUUGUCAGAUAUUCACGACAACAAAAACAACAACCACAACAACAACACCUCCUCCGCCAAUAUUCGGCUUGUGCGAUGCAUCCAAAUGCAAACUUCCACAUUGUCGAUGCGCAAGCUCAGAAGUUCCCAAUAACUUAACGGCGACAGAGGUUCCUCAAAUGGUACUUAUCGGGUUUGAUGACGCUGUACAAGAGCGCCAAAUGGAUCUAUAUACUUCCUUGUUCGGCAACUUUAAGAAUCCGAAUGGUUGUCCAAUUAAUGUUACAUUCUUUGUUUCAAACAAAGACACACAAUACUCAGCAGUGGAAAAACUAUAUAGGAGGGGUUACGAAAUUGCGGUACAUGCACAGGGAUAUGUGGAUGAGUGGCGAUUGACAUGGACGUCUGAUAAAAUUAAAAAUGUUAUCACGUCGCAAAGGAACAAACUAGAGAGAGAGACUGGAUCUAAUAAAAUAUCAGGUUGGAGGAAUCCGCAUAACAUAGUGACGAAAAGAAUGCUGGACGUCCUCGCAAGUAACAACUUCUUGUACGAUAGCUCUGUAUCACCCAGCAAAAAUCAAAGAUGGUGGCCUUAUACUAUGGAUUAUGCCACACCGGAUUAUCCGACCAAUUGCCCGAUUCCGCCAUGCCGAAAUGAAAGCUAUCCAGGUAUAUGGGAGUUUCCUUUCAACAGGUGGAGCAAUAAUCAUAAAGAUGGCAACAAAAAUUGUCCCGAAAUGAAUACAUGUGCCAUUGGUGACAACACAGAGAAUAAGGUGUACAACACUUUCAUGAAAAACUUCGAGGAGUUUUAUAACGACAAAAGGGUCCCGUUUAACAUCUACGGGACCGUGAGUUAUUUUCUCCAUCCAGACUUCGAAUAUAGACAAAUAGCCUUUAAGAAGUUUCUUACAGACAUUUUAGCGAAAGGAGAUGUCUACAUCGUAGGCAUGCAACAAGCAAUCCAAUGGAUGAAAAAGCCGACCAAGACAGAAAAUAUAAAAACGUUUCAACCUUGGGCUUGUUAAAGUAAUAAAACGUUAAUAAAUUAUUAUGAAAAAUAUACGAAGACUUUGUCAGUUCAGAGUAGUUUAAAUUGGCAAAAUGGCAGAGAUAUCCCAAAGCAACCUGGAUGCCCAGGGGACGGGGCUGAUUUCAUAGUGGCAGACACAAGAGCUUUAUUUAAGCGGGAAAGAAGGGAGGGGGCUGAGGGAGAUUAACCUUCUCCUUUUCCACGCCCUUCCCCGCCUAGUUUUUUUGCUAAGAAGUGAUCACUUUAUAU